AAAAAUCGUUACGUGUUAUGAUAUACCCAAUGUACAAAAAAAUCGUUCCACUCUUCCAUAGUUUCUGAGAAACGAUUUGCUUUGUUGUUUUGUUUUUAUUAUAGAAAUAUCAACAAUAAAGAAGUAAUAAUGCGACGAAUCGUCGCGCUAUAUACGCAUCUUUUGGUAUUGGAUAGUUAUUAAACGCUUCAAAUUUAUUGUCAUCUGGCAUUAUUCCUUAAUCAGUCAACCUAUGCCCAAGAAUGCGACGAAUCGUCGCGCUAUAUACGCAUCUUUUGGUAUUGGAUAGUUAUUAAACGCUUCAAAUUUAUUGUCAUCUGGCAUUAUUCCUUAAUCAGUCAACCUAUGCCCAAGGUAUAAGGGUGGUCGGACACCUAUUAGGUCCAGUGAACGGCGACGUCCUCAAAGUGUUUCAUCAACAUCGACUCUAUCACCGAGAGUUGUGUUGUCGAGAUUGGAACCCAGAGAGUUUGAACGUCUACGAUUAUCCUACAAAGUUGCAAUUGACCAAAGAAGAUCUAGAAGCUGCCGUGGUAUGAACAUGGGUCAAAAAAUUAGUGGUGGAGUCAAAACAGUCAGUCGUAAUGAUUCACAGUCAACCUUUAAACCAAUUAUACCAAGAGAGUUACAAGCUGAUUUUGUCAAACCAGCGCGCAUCGAUAUUUUGCUUGAUAUGCCUCCGGCGACUAGAGAUUUACAGCUCAAGCAUUCGUGGAAUUCAGAAGAUAGGUCGCUUAACAUUUUUGUAAAAGAAGACGACAAGUUAACAUUUCAUAGGCAUCCAGUCGCUCAAAGUACUGAUUGUAUUCGCGGAAAAAUCGGGCUUACCAAAGGAUUGCAUAUUUGGGAAAUCUAUUGGCCAACACGUCAAAGAGGGACACAUGCUGUGGUUGGCGUAUCUACUUCUGAUGCGCCUUUACACUCAGUUGGAUAUCAAAGCUUGGUUGGAUCGACUGAUCAAAGUUGGGGCUGGGACUUAGGAAGAAAUAAAUUGUACCACGACUCAAAAAACUGUGCUGGGGCCACGUACCCAGCCAUAUUGAAAAACGACGAAGCUUUUUUAGUUCCAGACAAGUUCUUAGUAGCCUUAGAUAUGGACGAAGGAACAUUAAGCUUUAUUGUUGAUCAGCAGUAUCUUGGAAUUGCAUUUAAAGGCCUGAGAGGAAAAAAAUUAUAUCCAGUCGUUUCGGCAGUGUGGGGUCACUGUGAAAUAACAAUGCGCUACAUUGGUGGAUUAGAUCCUGAACCCUUGCCUCUAAUGGAUUUAUGUCGAAGAACUAUUCGGCAAAAAAUCGGCCGCGCGAAUUUGGAGGAGCGUAUUCAACAACUUCAACUUCCUUUAUCUAUGAAAACAUACUUAUUGUACAAAAACCGUAGAUAAUAGUUUUAAUAAGUAAAAUAUGAACCAAUUUUGAAUUUUGCUGUAUGUGAUGAAAACAGUAAAAACUAAUUGUGUUAGCUGGUAAUAGUAUUAGAUCAAUGUUAGUUUGUCAGUCUUCUAACAGGAAAAGUAUAGGUAUAUUAAUCUUAAAAAUACUUUUAUUUAGAUAAAAACAAAACUAUUGUAAAUUUAAGAUGCAUGAAAAUAAUAUUAUGUAUAAACUAUGACUUAUCAAUUCGUAAUAAUUGGAGAAUGUAACGUUAUUUAUGCUCAAUUCGUGGUAUAUUAAAAAAUGUUUGUAAAAAGAAUAAAACAUAAUCUGCAGUUUUUA